GGUAAAGACAAGGCAUUGCCACUCUCUGUGCAUCUCCAACAUGGAUGCUUUUCAGCCUAUUGUAAAAUUCUUUCUUAACCAGAAAACUGCUAUUGGCUACAGCUUCAUGGCUCUGCUGACUUUGGGAAGUGAGCGUCUCUUCUCACUGGUAGCUUUUAAGUGUCCCUGCAGCAGUGAGAAUAUGGCCUAUGGGCUCGUGUUCCUUUUUGCUCCUGCCUGGGUGUUACUGAUCCUAGGAUUCUUUCUGAACAACGAGGCAUGGAAGCUCUUCACAGGCUGCUGCGUAAACCCCAGGAAAAUCUUCCCCAGGGGCCACGGAGGCCGCUUCUUCUAUGUGCUUGGCCAGAUCACUCUGAGCUCACUGGUGGCUCCUGUUAUGUGGCUUUCUGUGACUUUGCUUAAUGGAACUUUUUAUGAAUGUGCCAUGAGUGGGACGAAGAGCUUAAGAAUCCUGGAUCUGAUUUGUAAGGGCAGGCCCAAAGAGUGCUGGCAAGAACUUCACAAAGUCUCUUGUGGCAAAACCAGCAUGCUACCCACAGACAGUGAGGAAGUGAGACUGUCCCUGCAAGCCCAGUCUCAGAUUCUAGGAUGGUUCCUGAUCUGUUCAGCCUCCUUCUUCUCUCUGCUCACCACGUGCUAUGCUCGCUGCCGGUCUAAAGUCAGCUAUCUGCAGCUGAAUUUUUGGAAGACAUACACACAGAAGGAAAAGGAGCAUUUGGAAAAUACGUUUGUGGACUAUGCCAACAAGCUCAGUGAGAGGAACCUGAAAUGCUUCUUUGAAAACAAGAGGCCGGAUGCCUUUCCCAUGCCCACCUUUGCUGCCUGGGAGGCUGCUUCGGAGCUGCAUUCUUUCCAGCCAAGCCGGCAACACUACAGCACCCUCCACAGAGUGGUGGACGAUGGCCUGGAGUUCUGCCCGCAGGAUGCUGAGACCACGAUGAUUCUUGUGGGCACUGCCCAGGACCUAUAGGUCGUCCACCUUCCCGGGCUCACGGUGCUUAGCGGUGUAUCCAUUCUGAGAGCCUCCUGCAGGGUCCACAGCGGCCUCCUCACUCUGUAUUUUCUCGUAGUUAGAAUUUUUUACUGAACUGUGACAAAGGGGAAACUCCUUUGAAGUUCUCAAGUGCAGUAAAUGUCAGGACAAGCUCAAAUUGAGGAGGAUGACGACCUUGCCUGGAUGGAGGGCUGGGCUCAAGAGGUCCACACAUUGCUCCCAGUUCUGAGUCUAUGAUUCAGCACAUAGCUUUGUGCAGGAGGCUCCACCACUUUAUGCAAAUGUGAGUCGUGGUAUCUGGGGUGGAAGCAGUGGCUUCUGAGGGAGUGAGAUGCUCUGAGAGCCGAUGGCUGGCUAUCGUGGCAGCUGAGGCAUGUCAGCAGGAGUCCUUGCUGUGUCAAUCUAGCCCAGUCUAACCUAUGCCUUUCAAGGAGUAUGAAAUUCUCCUUUCCCUCAGGACCAGAAGACCUCAGUUCUGAAAAAUAGCCAAUUACAAGAAUGUGACAUCUGAAAUUCAGAGAUUUCUACAUGUUUUCACUGUAUGCUGAAAGUAUGUCACUGAAGGUGGGCUGUUUCAUGAUGUUGUGGGCCCUGGGAACGUUCAACAGUUUCUACACACAUAUGUGACUGCUUCGAUACAAAUACAAAUAAUAUAUAUUCGAACACUACUCCACCCUGAAGUUCAUUUACUGUCUUCUGAAUUUAAGAUUCAAAGCACUCUCAUGAGGGACCUUUACAUAGCACAGUUCCUGCUAUGCCACUAGCAUGUCUAAAUUGGUUUGGGUUACUAUGACACUGCGUCACACACUAGGUGACUUAUAAACCACCCAGACUCAUGUCUCACAGUCCUAGAGGUUAGAAUUCUGAGAUCAGGGUGCUACAGGUUCACGUUCUAGUGAGGGCCCUCUUCCCUUGUGCAGAUUGCUGAAUUCUUACUGAAUCCUCCCACAGUGGAAAGAACAAACAGCUCCUCUGGACAGCUUUUUAGAAGGACAGCGAUCCCAGGCUGAUCUGAAGACUCUGCCCUCGUGAUAGGAGCACCUCUCAAGGCAGGACCUUCUAAUAGCCUUGGGGUUUAGGGGUCCAACAUAGGAGUGGGGUGGAGGGGCACAGAUAUUAAGACUGUAACAGAGUAAAGUAUUCUGACUCAAGGUCUGGGAACACUGACCAAAGUAUACUAGUAAUUAAGCUAUUUUGUAGUUUUGCAUUUUUCAGAAA